CCUUCUCUUUCUUCUCCGCAUCUUCUUCUUCUGCAACUCUCUCUGUUCAUCAAUGGCGGAUUUAGAAUCUCCCACAGUCAUGAACAACAUAAUCACAUUCUUAUCAUCUCUGCUUCAACGAGUAGCCGAAUCCAACGAUCUCAACCCUCGCUUCCACCCGCAGAAGAUCUCCGCCUUCCACGGCCUCACCAGACCUACUAUCUCGAUUCAGAGCUAUUUAGAGAGGAUUUUCAAGUACGCGAAUUGUAGUCCUUCGUGUUAUGUCGUUGCGUAUGUGUAUCUCGAUCGGUUUACUCAGCAGCAGCCUGCGUUGAGUAUAAACUCGUUUAAUGUUCAUCGGUUGUUGAUUACUGGUGUUAUGGUUGCUGCGAAGUUCAUGGAUGAUUUGUACUAUAAUAAUGCAUAUUAUGCAAAAGUAGGAGGAAUUAGCACAACUGAAAUGAAUUUUCUUGAAGUGGAUUUCUUGUUUGGGUUAGGGUUUCAACUGAAUGUCAACCCCACAACUUUCCACACCUAUUUCUCACAUCUCCAAAGAGAAAUGUUGCUUAUUCAACCACCAUUAGAUCACCAUAAUCUUAACUUAUCACCAUCUUCAUCUUCAUCAUCGUUGUCGUCAUCGCCGUCAUCAUCAUAUAAAUCAAUAUCAACAAAGCUUCUUCAUUAUGAGGAUGAUCAUCAACAACACCAAGAAGUGGCUGCAGUAUAAUUAAAAAAAAAAAAAAAACUGGAUUUUUAUCUUUGAGAUUGCAUGUUGUGUUUGUAGGUAGAAUUGUAGAUUAUUGGGGAUUGUUUUAGCAAUUUAAACCUUUUUUAUGGCAGUGUGUUUUUUGGGGUGCA